AUGUCACAGCCAUGGGACUAUAUUGCUAAGCUCGUUUGCAUCGGUGACUCUGGCACUGGCAAAUCCAGCCUCACAAUCCGCCUCUGCGAAGGUCGAUUCUCUCCCUCACACGAUGUUACUAUCGGGGUGGAGUUUGGUUCGAGAAUUGUUCCAGUAGGGCCACCUGCCUCAUUGGAACUGGGCAUCGAGGAGUUCUCUCGCACUGAGUCUACCUCGGUCGGAGAAGACGCAGCUACAUCACAAUCAACAGCCUCAGGGUUACCAAGCCCGCCACGAAAGCCGGAGACCGCCCCUCAGAAGCGAAUGAAGCUAUCUCUGUGGGAUACAGCUGGUCAAGAAACCUACAAGUCAAUAACACGAUCUUACUUCCGUGGUGCUUCCGGCGCUCUCCUCGUCUUUGACAUCUCCAGGCGCUCAACCUUCAUCUCGUGUACGCAGUGGCUCCAGGAUUUGCGCCAGAUUGCUGAAGAAGGAAUAGUGGUUAUCUUGGUGGGGAACAAAAGCGAUCUGGCAGGACAGGCAUCCGGGUCAAAUAAAAGAGAGGUGACGCAGCAAGAGGCAGAGACAUGGUGCCAAGCGAACAACAUUGUGCGCUAUGUCGAAACUAGCGCCAAAUCAGGAGAUGGCGUGGAACGGGCAUUUUUGGAGGUCGCAGAACGGAUCUAUCGCAACAUUGAAGCUGGCAAAUACGAUCUUAAUGACCGGCGCAGUGGGGUCAAAGGCUUUGGUGCUUCGGGAGGAGGAAACAGUGGUGCGCCGAAAACAAUAACUCUAGGUAUGGACGAUGCAAUGCGCGGAGGUAAUAGCUGGGCUGGUGGAUGCUGUUAG